AUGUCCAAUAAAGUCCUUCCUUACCAAAGCACAGACGUCCCAAAGCUCCAAGUUGACGCAUGAACAGACAACCAAAGGCAUCAUGCGACCUCAAUAACCCUGACCAAAAGCACCAUCUCAUGGGAAAACUUAAAGAAAGGGGUUGCUUUCAACAUUUCCAACGUAACAGGUGCCAAACCAUCCAUGACAGAUCCUACAUCUAUAUCUAUCCAAGUCUAUAAGGAGUCAAAUAGAAGGUUUAAAAUCUUCUAUUUUUGGUUUCUGACCAUUGAGCUUGCUCACACUUGGUUUGAGCUCAUCAAAUCUUAUUCCAAAGGACCCCAAGAAAAUCGAAACAUCGCUGUGAUCUUAAAUCCGAUUAGUGGGAACAAAUCUGCUUGGAAAGUGUGGCGGACAAAGUUCCAGCCAGCUUUAAGCUACUCUGGCAUCAAUUAUUCUCUCUAUGAAACUACUGGGUCAAAUUUCAUCGAAAAUUGGGUCAAAAGCAGAGAGGUCAAACAAUUCACUGAUAUUGUUUGUAUGGGCGGCGAUGGGACCAUGCACUUAUUGAUCACUGCGAUAAUCAAGCACCAAAAGGACGCCUUUGAGUCCAUCAAUUUCGGUAUUUUGCCGACUGGGUCACGAAAUGCAUUAGCCAUUGAAGUGGGAUCCAAAAAAUCAAUAGAAGGUAUUAUGAAUAUCAUCAAAGGAAAAACAUUUAAAGCUGACCUGAUGAAGGUGAGAAUUGAGUCAGAGCUCUCCUUUGCAACAACAGCUGUUUCCUGGGGUAUUGUCAGCGAUAUCAGUGAAGAAGCACAGCAUUAUAGAUUUUUAGGCGCUUUUCGUUAUACUGCGGUAGGUUUAAAGAAAUUUGUACAAAAAUGAAAAAAAUACAGUGCUAUGGUAUCUUAUGAAGCUGACUCAGGAGAAGUACUCGAUAUUAAUUCAGAUUUUACCUAUGUGAUGGUUGGGAAUCAUAGGGUGCAAAAUAUUUCUAAUAAUGAAAUCCUAACUCCAAAUGCUAGGAUUAAUAAUGGCAUGCUGGAUUUGCAGAUGAUGAGUUAUGGGAAUAAGUGGAAAACUGUGAAAAUGUUCAAAAAGGCUAUGAAAUCGGGCUCGCAUGUGGAGCUUGGCAAUAUUACUUCUGUGAAGACAAGACUUGUGUCUAUUGAGCCAAAAAGCCCGAUUGUAUAUAACGUAGAUGGUGAAAUUUAUUAUGGAUCAAGCAUCCAAAUCCAGGUAAUGCCUCAGAUGAUAACCUACUUAGGACAGACUGAGCAAGCUAAAUAA